GUUGAAGGCCGGUCUGCACUAUUUUAGUGAAUGCGCCCUCGAAGUCCCCGGUUGGCGUAGCGCCAAGGGCAUGCACUGUGUAACUCCUUGGCUCUGCUCUCUAAUCUGUGCGCUCUGCUCAACUCUGCUCCAGUAUACUCUCCCUUUCAUCUACUCAAUGCUCUUAUCACACACAACCUUUCGGCAAGCUCAGGCUCAGGCUCGAGGUGGUCCCUACAACUGUGUACAGGUUGAGUUAAAGAUGCAAGCAGGCGCUUGGCUGCUGCAUAGAGAUGCUUCCGCCGCCGUCCUAGUCCUCCUGCUCUCGAAACUACUGCUCCGCUCCCUUCCCAUCACCUCCAUCAUUGACCCGCACUUUGGCUGCUGCGUGCGCUCCUGGCGGCCAUCAUGUCUAGCGGACGCAAUGCAUUUUGCUUGGAUGCGUCUGCCUCCAGGGCGAUGACGGCCUACAGCAUCUGCCGCGCCUUCGACUUCACUGUGCGCUUCGAGAACCUGGUGUUGAGCGUGCUACCCAACGCUCUGUUCGUCGCCACCUUUGCUCUCUUUCGGCUGCCGCGCCUUCUGCGCAAGCCAUCCAAGCUUGCAACCGCCGCUGCGGCCCAUGGCGCUGCUCGUUCCGACCUUCUUCUAGGGCUACGGGCUUUACCCAAUGGCGCUGCUGUCAUUAUCCAGGUCGCGCUUAUAACCCUCAUCGAGUCCAGACUGGCGCACGACUCGCAGCUCAGGCUCACCCUGGAUGGCAGCUCAUUUUCAUCUGCACUCGCUCUUUCGCUCCUGGCGGCCUUCACCCAGCUCGGUGCCUCAUGGCUUGAGCGCCUUCGCGUUACGGGCGGAAACUUUCUCCUUCCCUCGUUUCUCAUCGCAACCAUCCUUUUUGACGCCGCCCGCCUCCGAACCUUUGUGCUGCUCGGCCUCGCCAAUUCGGUUCCGGCCUUUGUCGGUCUCUUUGCGACACUGCUGGCUCUCAAGUGUGUCUCGCUUGUGUUAGAGUCCAUCAAUGCCGAGGGAUCUCCUUCUCCCCCGAACCCCUCUCCAACGUCAUCUGCUCUCCCAUACUGGCGUGCUCCCGAGGCAUCAGCUACGUUUCUGAGCCGUCUCGGCUUCUUCUGGGUCUUUCCUCUCCUCGCACGAGGUCUCCAAGGGACUAUCGAGCUCGAUACGCUCGAUCCACUCCAUCCGCGUUACGCCACCAGUCGACUCAGGACCAAGCUCGCUCGAAACUUACUCGCGAGCAGCCCAAACCCGGACACUUGCGCGAAAGCUGACACCGAUUCAGAAGUUGAUGCCGCUACCCAAAGAUCCUCGUCGAACUCACCGCAACGCCACCUUCUUGUGGCCUGCCUCCGCUCCUUCUUCGUACCCGCUAUCCUCAAGCCGGCGUUACCUCGCCUCAUCCUCACUGCAGCACAGCUGGGCUUACCUUUCCUCAUCUCGGACACAAUUGGCUUCAUCAACUCAUAUCGAGGGCAUGAUGCUGCCAGUCCGCCGCCGCAAGCGGCUGCUGUUGGCUGGGCCAUCGCUGGUGCCUUCGGUCUACUCUUUUUCGUCAUCGCCGCUGCCACAGGCCAGUACUUUUUCGCCGUGUCGCAGGCCUCGACAAUGCUGCGCGGUGCACUCACAUCUUCGGUGUUGCACAAGUCGCUCAAUCUGGCCCACGCCGAGUCGACCGCACUCGGUGCCAGCGCCGCCUCCAACCUCCUCUCUACCGACGUCGAGAAGGUCAUCUUUUGCAUUGAUCCUUUCCACGAGCUCUGGUCUGGCCUGGUGAUCAUCGGCGUUGGCGCUUACAUUCUCUGGCUUCAAAUCGGCAUCUCGUUCCUGGCGCCCCUCGUCACCACGUUUGCAAUCCUCGUCCUCACGCCCCUCGUCAGCCGCGGACUCGGCGACCGCCAGAAGGCGUGGAGCUCCGUGACCGACUCGCGACUCAAGGCUACGGACUCUCUCAUCCGCGCAAUCCGCACGGUCAAGAUGAUGGCCUGGGAUAAUGUCUCGCUUCGCACCCUGCUCGAGUUUCGUCAGGCUGAGGUCAAGGCUAUGCGCCGUUACUAUUCCCAGCUCAGCGCCGUCGUUUCGGCCACCAACCUCGCGGCCGACGCCCUCCUUCUCGUCACCUUUGUUGUCUUUGCGCUCGUGGAUCGCCGCUCUCACCCGGACACAACCCGCUUCGACACGCAGACCAUCUUUACCGCUCUCUCAGCCCUCAACCUGAUCAGCACUCCGUUGCUCAUGAUCGGCCAGCGCUUCGCCAUCCUCCUCUCGGCGCUCGCCAGCCUUGACCGAAUCCAGCACUUCCUCGAGCUGCCGCCGUCCACCGUGCAGCCGGAGAGCGAUACCCCCUCCACAGCCUCGAUGUCGCUCAUAUCACUGCUCCCGGCCGCCCCGCAGAUCGACCUUGUCUCGGCCUCGAUUGCCUGGCCGACAGGCGGCGGAGCCCAGCGGGUAGUCUUCACCGAUUUGACACUCUCUUUUCCCGCCGGCCGGCUAUCGACUGUCUCUGGGCCGGUCAACUGCGGCAAGUCGAGCCUCAUGCUCGCGCUCCUCGGCGAGCUGCCGCUUGCUAAAGGCAUCUUUGGUGCCGACUGGCCACGACACCGACUUGCGACGAUCCCCUUUGUCAAUCAGGCGUGCUGGGUGCAAGAGUCUCGUUCGGUGCGCGACAACAUCCUUCUGUUCCGCGCCAUGGAUCCGAGCUGGUACCGCGUCGUGCUCGAGGCCGUUGCGCUCGAUCACGAUCUUGAGCGCUGGGACGAUGGCGAUCGCCAUCCUGCCAAGGCGCUCUCUGGCGGACAGAGACAGCGCGUGGCCAUUGCCCGGGCGCUCUACGCAUCGCGAUCGGCGCCCGUGGUGUUACUCGACGACGCCUUCAGCGCGCUCGACGCGCGCGUCGAGCGCCAUGUAUUCGAUGCACUCUUUGCGCCCGUCAAAGGCCUGUUGUGCUCCAAGACAGUCGUGCUGGUGACCAACUCAAGCCGCAUCAUCUCUCGCUCAGCUCUGCACAUUGAGCUUGAUUUUAGCGGUAACGUCAUCCGCUGCGACGCUCGCCCUGCACUGCUGCCGGACGCAGACCGAGGAAGCAGGGCGUCUGAGCUCGACGAAGCCUUGGGCAAGGCGGACUCAGAGGCAGAGGCCGAAGCCGAGGUUCAGGCUCACACUGAAGCAGUUCAGCUGGCGCAGGGAUCUGUUCGCAGGCCAAGCAGCGAAAAGCCUGCCCCAGCAGUGGCAGUCGAUAAAAGCGACCAGAAAGCGACACAGAGCUGCGCACAGGACCCCGAGCUCGAGCAGGUCGCUGAGAGCUCCAUUGGCUGGCCGACGUACAAGGUGUGGGUGGAGCGAGCUGGCUACGGCCCGAUCGCACUUGUCUUGACGCUCAACGUGGGUGUCGCCGCUUUCGGCGUCGGUGCGCAGGUGGUGCUCGAGAAGUGGGCACACACCAACGAGGUGCAUCCUGGCCAAGCUUUUGGCGCCUGGAUAGUUGGAUUCAGCGCCAUCAACAUGGCCACCGCGCUCGCCUUCGUCGGUUUCUUCUAUCUCUGGCUGCUCUGGGUCGUGCCGCGCGCGAGCCUUGCGGUGCAUGCGGACGAGGCGCGCGCACUCUUUGGUGCGCCACUCUCUUUCUUCCAGGACCACCCCGCCGGCCGGCUUCUCAAUCGCUUCUCGCAGGACCUGUUUCUGAUUGAUUGGGAUUGGCCAGUGCAGGCGUCCAACUUUUCUUCGAACCUUUUGACUCUGCUUGGCAGCCUUGCCCUAAUGACUGCCUCUGCGCCAUUCCUGGCGAUUAUAAUUGCGGCGCUCGUGUUGCUGAGCGUUGCGUUGCGGAAGCUCUACAUUCCAAGCUCACGGCAACUGCGGCGUCUUGAGAUCGCGUCUAAGAGCCCGCUCUACGGUGCCGCCUCCGAUAUCCUAGGCGGCGGCGCCAUCCUGCGUGCCUUUAGCGUGCAAGAGGCGAUGCUCGCCUACGCGGAUGCCUGUGUGGAGCGCUCGCAAAGGCCUUACUACCAUGUGUAUGCUGUGCGCCGCUGGCUGCAGACGUGGCUCAACCUGGUCACACUCGUCAUCAACGUCUCGCUCAUACUUUUGUGCGUGGGCUUGCGCCGCACGCGCAUGGUGGCGCUGGUCGGCGUCUCGCUCACACAGACUACGCAGAUCUCACAGCAGAUCAACAACUGCCUCAUAUCCUGGACGGAGGCCGAGAUCGCUGCUGUAGCCAUUGAGCGUGUCACCGAGAUCAUUCAAACGCGCCAGGAGGAUGACAAGACGCAGACGCAGCACGGUCUCGGUAGUGCUCGGAACAGCAAUGCUAGCCCCAACGACCACAGGCACGAGACGUCGACAGCUGCUGCCAUCAGCUUCCAGCGCUUCUCGGCGUGGUAUGACGAGGAGCAGCAGCGCGACCAGCAAGGGAAGGAGAGCAGCGAGAAUGCGCCCGAGACUGUGCGCGCGCCGGACCUUUAUCUCGAGCGCCUGGAUCUGCCGAGGGGUACAUAUACCGGUGUCUGCGGCCGCUCCGGCUCUGGCAAGUCAACGCUGUUACUUGCCAUUGGGCGUCUGUUAGGCCGUACUGCCGGAAGGAUGCUGCUUGACGGCUGUGACGCCGAGAGCUUGGCGCUCCGAGAGGUGCGCUCGCGGAUCAUUGUGGUUCCACAGGAUCCGUUGAUCAUCCAAGGGCGGACUUUACGCCAGAACCUUGAUGUCGAGGGGCGCUGCUCGGGCAAUAGUAAUGGCGGCGGCGACACCGACGAGCUACUACUGGAGGCGCUUGAUGAGGUCGGGCUGCGAUCGACGGUGCUGGGUCUCGCACGGGGGCUAGACACGGUAUUUGACAGCGAUUCAGCAUGGCUGUCUCCGGGUCAGCUGCAGCUCUUUGCGCUGGCGCGGGCGCUGGUGCUGGCAAGGACUAACGCGCGCGCCGAGGUGCUGUUGCUCGACGAGAUCAACUCGUCGCUCGAUGCGAGCACCAACGAGCGCGUCCAGCAGCUGAUCCGCCGCGUCUUUGCGCGGAGGCUCACUGUGGUCUCGGUCGUGCAUCGCCUCGACAGUGUUUACGAAUUUGAUCACGUGCUCGUCAUGGAGCGCGGCCAUAUUGGCGAGUUUGGCACGCCCAACGAGUUGCUGGGCAACCAGAGCGGCCUCCUCUCUCGUCUCUUGCAGGCGCGUGAACACCAAAAGGACGCUCGGGCACCUGCGACCAGCGACGGCCAAAAGCAUGCAACGAGCUAGGCUGAGUCGGCGCAACAACGGUCGCACGGCUGUGUGCACACACAAACACAAACACAUGAGAUCCUGGGCCAAUUGAGGUCAGCGAAUCAUCCAAGCAAUUGAGUAGCCACAUGACUGUACAGUAGACUAGUGCAAUUCCAGAUACAUGCAGAUGCAGACGA